UCAUCUUUCGAGAAAAUCCUCCGCAGUCGACGGUUUUCGCAUUUUGCUCGCGCAUUCUUCAGUCUCCAUAAUACUCAAUCAACGUCAGAAUUUCGUAACCUCCCACUGAACCACUCGUGUGUACUUUCGAUAUGGGUCCUCCUAGGCGCAAGGUUCUCGCUACGGCGGAAGAGACCAUGUUCCCGCCGGAUGAGCUGCCUCAGGGCCAUCUGAUCGCCCGGGCUAUCAAGGCGACCGGAAACAACAUCUACUCAGUGGAACUUCCCUCGAAGGAAUCGGUUUUGGUGGAGCUCCCUGCCCGCUUCCGGUCGACCAUCUGGAUCAAGCGGGGUUCCUACGUGGUAAUCGAUGCCAAUGCCCUCGAGGGCCGCGACAACAAGCUCAAGGGAGAGAUUGUCAACAUCGUCCGUGAUGAGAAAGCGUGGCGCAAAGCCCCAUUCUGGCCAAAGGAAUUCGCCAAGCAAGCUGUUGUUGUCGCGGACGACUCGGACGAGGAGGAUGAAUCCAAUGUCGGCAAGAUGCCUUCUUCAGAUGAGUCGGAUGCUUGAUUGGAAUCUUAUUUGACCUUCAGGCGUCGGGGCCUUGUCGCAUGGGCAAUAGACUACUUAACAGAGCAAUCCUGUUCACCGCUUCU